GCUAGUUGUACCCCACAAACCUUGACCUCAACCAGGUCAAGACAUGCUGCUGCUGUUCGUAGUUGAUGGGGAACCACGUGCAGUUGCAAUUGCUUCGACCGACGUCUGCCUUUGCAUUUUGCGCGGAGGUCGCAAGAAGCAAGUUCAUGCUCGAAUGUUCGGCACCAGAGAAUCGGAGGAGCAUGAGCCCGUUUGAGGCCAGAGCGUUCUCAAGCAUGUGGUGCCGGUGGUGCUCAUCGGCAGCUCGAAUCGCCGGCAGUCAUGAUGCAGAGCUCGCGUGUACAUGAGAGCAGUCUCUCUUCCGAAUGGAGUCAGACAGACGUUCGAGACAGUGUCGUAGAUGAUUGCAACUUGAGACUAGCUCAAAACUGUGUUCACUCUAGGCUCUGUCGAGUGUCAGGCUUGUGUGUUGCUGUGUGGUGACUGGUCAUAUGCAUACCGUGACGACUUCGUAGACUAGAUUUUGAAUUAAUGAAUCUGCCACACUUUUCUAGCAGAUGUUCUGCUUUUUCCUGUUCAUAAUAGCUUACUGUAAAAGUAUUGUUUAAAUUAGUUAAGUAAACUUAGAUCUACGGUAACUCGAGCACCCUAUUCAAACAUGACAGGAGACUGCGCUGUCGGGUAUUCUGCAUGCUGCUCGUCAGGAGCAACAUGUCUUGUAGAUGUCGCAGGUUCAGUCAGACACUUCCAUUAGUUUUAGACUUAUUGCAGUUCCUGAGCAAGUCCUGCACGAAAGAUAUCAUUCUCUUACACUUCCUACUUCUGCCUGUAAAUGGCCUUCAUACACAGCUGACGUAUGGAAGCCUAGCGUAGCGUCGAAGACCACGAACCUAUGCUUGUUGCUUUUGUCGAGAACUGGAACGUGGGAGGCAAGAGAAGACCAAGAAUUGCAGGCUGCUAGCUCGCAAAUCAUUGGUGACAAAAUGAUUAGAACACGGUGGUGUAUAUGGAGACGAAUCAAGCUGUAUAUCGCCCGAAUAAAAGCGAGAGUAAGAGGCUUGUCGCUAUAUCUCGUAAGUGGCGUCAGCGAAUUUUUUGUUCACGUCUGCCAACGCGACAUUGAACACUGGUUCUGCUCAUAGCUACCUGUCGCCUUGUAUCGACAUUUUAAAGUCUUCCAGCCAGAUAAGUCCUGUUUUGUUUCUUGAUUUUACAUGGAGUAAUGGUGCAAUAUCGGAAUGUUCCUCGGUAACCAAUAAUCAUACUUAUCUCUGGUUGCCCUGUAAAAAACCAACAGAGAAUGUUAGGAAGUGAGAAAAAGGCAAAGCAGCACGCGGAGAAUGACAUGGCUUAAAAGUUGAUACUGUAACCUUCUAUAUCACGAAAAUGAGAAAAUAACAUUAAGGACGAAAAAAGAGGAUUAGAUUUUUUUCGCAGUAACAGUCUGCAAAAUAUGCAGAGUGGUUCCUGU